AUUGUCGCCAUUUAACAUCCACUUCUAGGCACGCCUGAGCGGCACAGCCACGCAUUUUGGUCAAUCUAUCGCUAUGUCUUCAGACGCAGCUGUAUCAACAGCGUUAACACCACCGACCUCGCCAGAAGAUGGUCCUACAGAAGCCAUGCAGAAAGAAGAGGCGCGCAUGGCAGAGGCGCGCCACAAAGAGGAGCAGAAACGCGAGAAGAAAUUGGCCGCAGAUCGCGCGAAGGAGUUGAAAGGCGGGGGCGAGGCCGUCGAUACCAAGUACAAGGCAUUGGAGUAUCUGCUGAGCCAAAGUAAGCUGUAUAGCACCAUUAUGCUACAGCAGAUGACACAGCAGGAAGAAGCGGCUGAGGCCAAGGACGAAAAGAGCAAAAAACGGGCGUUGAAGCGAGAAGAGACGGCCGAGAAGACUGCACAGGCCCAACAGACCAGAGCUACGAGAGCGUCAGCUACUGCCGAUAGGGUAUCCGAGGCGACCACCAAACAGCUGCCACGGAGAGGUCGUCCUGGCAAUAAGACGAAAGGGGGAGGGAAGAUCUCUGAUUACAUGAAGAAGGAAGACGUGCAGGCGAAGGCGGGACAAGCGUCCAUCUCUGAGGCAUUAGCCGAGGAAACAAAGGAUGCCAACAUACAAGCGGGCGAUAUAGGCAUGCAAGACCUGCGAUCUGCCAGGCAGCCCGAUCUCGUCACCGGAGGACUGAUGAGGACUUACCAGCUAGAGGGACUGGACUGGCUGACAUCGCUCUAUGAAAAUGGGCUGAACGGGAUCUUGGCCGACGAGAUGGGCCUUGGUAAGACUCUGCAAACAAUUGCAUUCAUUGCAUUUCUUCGGGAAAGGGGCGUCAAUGGACCAUUCCUCAUUGCUGCUCCGCUGAGCACGACAAGCAAUUGGGUGGCAGAGUUCAAGAAAUGGACUCCUAGCAUACCCGUCGUGCUGUACCAUGGCAGCAAGCAAGAACGAGAAGAAAUUAGACGUACGAGACUCCGUAACCCCAGCAGUCAGGACUUUCCAGUUGUCUGUACGAGCUACGAGAUCUGUAUGAACGAUCGCAAACACUUGGCGCAUUUUGGCUGGAAGUUCAUCAUCAUUGAUGAAGGACAUCGUCUCAAGAACCUGAACUGCCGACUGAUCCGCGAGCUCCAAUCAUACCAGUCAGCCAAUCGACUGCUCAUCACAGGCACGCCGUUGCAGAACAAUCUCACAGAAUUGUGGUCAUUGUUGCACUUUCUGAUGCCGAGCAUAUUUGACAAGCUUGAAUCGUUUGAAUCCUGGUUCGACUUCUCUGCGUUGAAGGAGAAGGGUGGCUACGAGGAGAUCUUGUCGAAAGAUCGCCAGAAGAACUUAGUGACAAGCUUGCACGCCAUCUUGAAGCCGUUCUUGCUUCGUCGUGUGAAAGCAGACGUGGAAAAAUCUCUGCCAAAGAAGCGAGAAUAUGUCCUGUAUGCUCCGUUGACCCAGACACAACGAGAGCUAUACCACGAGAUUUUGGAAGGCAACAGUCGAUCAUACUUGGAAAACAAGAUUGUUGAAAGCUUGAGUGGCGCUUCCACUCCUGCAAGCGCAAGAAGUCGUAGCUUGAAGCGAAAAGCUGGCAGCGAGGCAGCAACUCCGAAUAAGAGCGCGAAAUCAAGUCGCGCUUCAACACCCGCUACAACCGAUAGCGUUGGACCUCGAUCCCGACGGGCGAAGAAGAAGCAGCAAUACGAGGAAGUAUCUGACUCACGGUACUUCAAGCAACUGGAGGAAGAAGACGACCAGAUGAACGAAGAAGAUGCCGAGUCGGAAGACGAAGCAGAAGUCGAACGUACGAAGACGUUAUCCCUUGCCAAAAGAGAACUGGCAAACAAAAAGCUCCAGAACCCCGUUAUGCAGCUUCGGCAAUGUUGUAAUUCACCACAUAAUUUCUUCUACCCCUUUGACCUCGACGACAACACCCCGGUGGACGAAACGUUGGUCACCGAAUCCGGGAAAAUGCUCCUCCUCGACCGUUUACUUCCCGAAUUACUUCAACGAGGCCACAAAAUCCUCAUUUUCUCCCAGUUCAAGACACAACUUGAUCUCCUCGAAACCUACUGCUCCGAGCUCCGCGGUUGGGCGACUUCACGCAUCGACGGCUCAGUCGCACAGACCGACCGCCAACAACAAAUUCUCGACUUCAACGACCCCAAAAGCGAUACCAACAUCUUCCUCCUGUCCACUCGUGCUGGUGGUCAAGGUAUCAAUCUCGCAGCGGCAGAUACGGUACUGUUAUUCGAUAGUGAUUGGAACCCCCAGCAGGAUCUUCAAGCGCAAGAUCGUGCGCAUAGAAUUGGCCAGACGAGACCUGUGAUUGUGUAUCGUUUCGCGACGAAGGGAACUGUGGAGCAGCAGCUGCUGGAGUCAGCAGAUAGCAAGCGCAGAUUGGAGAAGCUGGUGAUUCAGAAGGGAAGAUUUCGAAGUAAUGUUGGUGGUGGUGGUGGUUCAGGCGGAGGAGCGGAUUUUGCGGAAUUGCAGAAGUUGCUCCAGCGCGAUGAUGGUGAGCGGAUUGAUGUCGCUGAUGGCAAGGGGUUGCUGAGUGAUAGGGAUUUGGCAAUCUUGACAGAUCGGAGCGAAGAAGCGUUUGAACGUGCUGAAAAGGGAAUAGAUGUCAUUGGUGAUGUCUUCAAAGCGGUAGAGACCAAAAGAAACGGAGAGGGCGGAUUGCUGGAGAGCCUGCAGAAGUAGAGGAAAUGGGGCGAGGGAAGAGGUUGAAUAAUGCUGCCAUCAGGGAUACGCACGGGAAGCUGACUACUUGUAUAUAUACCUUAUCUUACCUACCCAUGCACCAUAACGCUCACUGCCCGAACGUGACAUCUCCAAAGACCCUCCAUGUACUUUAAUUUUUUACAACCAUGCUCAGCAGCCUAUGCGAUGUCGAAGAGAGGCUUCAAUUGCUUCGCAAUCAAAGUCCACUCAUCCUUGCCGACUUCAUCUCUGUAGAACUCCUUGAGCGUAUCAAUAGAAGCUCUCGAGAUUUGUGAGAAGACCAUGUCCUUUUCUUCCAAUUGUCUCCCAUAGCCAGGUUGAUUGCUGCCUUCAAUCUUGAUGGCUACAGAAGGCGCGCCCUUUUUGCAGAUUUCCAGCUGCUUGUGGUCACGUUCAAUGGACACGACUCGGCCCAUGGUGAAGAUGUCCUUGACGCCAGUCACAGCAUUGUGCUUGACGACAGCCACAGGCGUAUGGAGACGCAAAUUUCCUUCGAUGACAUCGACACCAAGGACGAUAGGGUCUUUCUUGUUGAAGACGGCCACUGGCUUAAGUAUGCAGGGAAAGACAGCAAGCAUCUUGCUUUCUUCCUUCUUCUUUGCGGCAAUCGCCUUCAUGUGAUCAGUGAAAUUAUCGAAGAGGUGAUAGAUGAUGUCUGCUGUGAAGAUUUUCACGCCCAUCUGAUCUGCCAACUCGUGUGCAUCUUUGUCGACCUUGACAUCGAAACACAACAUGACCGCGUAUUCCUUGGCCUUUUCCAACAUGGUCGAAGCUGUGAUAACAUCGCGCUUGUGUACCGGGCCAAUGGAAAUAUUCGCCACGGGAAUCUUGGACACGCGAAGGAACUCGAGCAACGCUUCAAGAGAACCAAGAGUGGAUGCUUGGACAGUGACACCACGACCGGUCUUGGAUAUACGAGACAUGAGAUUCUCGAGAUCACCCAUGACCUCCUCCUCAAGAUCGUCUUGUUCGUCCUCGUCAUUCUUGUCUUUCAUUACAAGGAGGCGAGAUCCUGCAAUGGCCGUGUCAAGACCAUUGGCGGCAAUCUUGACACCAAUAGCCGCCUUGACUUGUUUAUUGUGGACAUAUUGCGACUUGAUACGCAACUCCUUCAUCUCAGCGGGCGUGAGAAGUGCUCGGAUAUCAGUGCAGAUAGGUCCAUCCGUACCGCAAAGUACGAUUCUGUCGCCUUCGUUGAGGAUACCAUUAGACAACACCACAUCGAUUGUAGUUCCGAGGCCCUCAAUAACCUUGACUUCCAAGAUUGUAGCCUCCACCUCGGUCAAGUACAUGAGCUGCUUUGUCAUGCGUUCUUGAGUGAGUGUAAUGAGGAGCUUGAGCAUAUCCGGGAUACCCUCACCAGUGUGAGCGGAGGUCGGGACAAGCGAGACAAACUUAGCCAUGGACUUAUUCUCGUAGUAGAGCUCGGCAUUGAAGCCUUGCUCAGCGAAUGCAAGUUUGGUUUUCUCCAGCCUGUCGUAAAAUUCGUUCUGGACACUAGAUUUCUGGAGGCUGAGUGAGUCGCGGAAACCGUUGUUGGAGAUGGCUUUCCACCCAUAGAGACGAUCAAUCUUGUUCAAAGCAACGAUGAAAGGCGUUUUGCGGUCACGAAGGAGCUUCAUGGAUUCUAGAGUCUGGGGUUCAAGACCGUGCAUGAUGUCGACCACCAAGAUAGCGAUGUUGCAGAGCGAAGAACCACGGGAUCGGAGAUUGGUGAAAGACUCGUGCCCUGGCGUGUCGAUGACCAGAAGACCUGGUACCUUGAACUCAAAAGCGCCAUCUUGGUUGACAAUGUUGGUCUUCUUCUGCAGUGCGUCGACGGGAAAGUAUGUAGCACCAAUCUGCUGCGUGAUACCACCAGCUUCGCCUUCCUGGACGUUCGUUUGGCGGACCUUGUCAAGAAGUUUGGUCUUUCCAGUAUCGACAUGACCAAGAAUGCAGCAAAUCGGCGAGCGCAGGUUGUCCUUGGAGCCAGCAGCAAGAGCAGCCUCACGCUCCCUCUCUCGUUUCUCCUGGGCCUGCUUUCGUCUUUGCUCUGCUUGCCGUUUCGCCGCUGUCAAGGCUUCAUCAUCCGAUGAGUCGUCCGAGUCUGAGUCUUCCUCUUCCGAACUCGAUUCUUCCUCAACGGCUUUCGUCGCUCCAUUCGUUUUGGUUGCGUUCUCUUUGCCGUUGACUGCAGCUUUCGUCUUCUCCUCAUCAUCUGAUUGUGCGUCCCAACUAUCUUUGACGCCGCUUUCCUCCGCUUCUGCCAUGGCCUCCCAAUCUUCUAGCUCAUCCUCGGACUCUCCCUUCUUGGCUUCGGCGUCGAGUCUGGCCUUUUCGGCCUCUUCCUUCAGCUUCUUCUCCUGCUCCUCCUUUAGUCUGAGCUCUUCCAUCUUCUUGCGUGCUUCCUCUGCCUCGCGAGCCUGCUCUGCCUUCUUCCGCUCCUCGGCCUCUUUACGCGGGUUCUUCUUGCGCUGGUCCUUGACAGAUGGCUUCUUGACCUCCGCAUCGCCCUCCAGUGCAGCAACCUUGACGCCGCUCUCCAACAUCUGCUGUAAUCGCAGCUUCUGGCGUGCCUCGUCUUGACGUUGCUUGUCCGUCUUGUAGGUGCCAGCCUUCUUCAUCUCUUCGAUCUUUGCCUUCUCCUUGGCCUUUUUAGCUGCUUUGGCUUCCUCUCUCGCCUUCUCCUCUUCCUCAAGACGCUUGCGCUCAUCUUCGUCGCGCUUAGCUAGUUCCUCGCGCUCACGCUGCUCUUCUUCCUGUUUCCUGCGCAGCUCCUCCUGCUGCUUUUGGAGUGCUGCAAGCGCCGGAUUGAGCUUCUUCUUCUUACCACCAGCAGCUGCAGGCUCCAAAGUGGGAGCGGGAGCCACAUCUGCCUUCUUCUCUUCCUGCUUUGUUGGUGCUGGAGCAGCCUUCUUUUUUGCAGCCGCCUGCUCCUUUUUGCGCGCUUUCUCACGCUCCUUCUUCUCCUUCUCCUUCUGCGCCUUAGUUUUGAUCACGCCACCCUCUUCCUCAUUAUCAUCGUCCUUUGCAGGUUCUAGGUCGGCUUUCUUCUGCUGGGCGCCUUUGCCACCUUUCUUGCCCUUUGCAGGCUGCCCGAAUACAUCUUCGUCGUCCAUGUUGGCCUCCUCUGGCGCCUUGGCAGCAAGAUCCACCGCAGGCGCAGAAGGAACUCCUUCGCCAUCCUGUGUCGGGUCUUCGCCAUCAAGGAAGUCAUUGUCGGCAACCUUGCCCUUCUUCUUACGCUUCUCGCGGUUCUUUUUCAGCAUGGCCAUCAAGCCGCCGCCGCCGCCAGUCUCCUCGUCCUCAGCAGCAUCGGCAGCUUUGGCUUCCUGCUCUGCCUGUGCGAUUGGGUCGGCACUCUCGCCGAGACCUUCGUCCCAGUCGUCGCCGCCCUUCUUUCCUUUUUUGCCCUUGGGUGCCAUGACUACUUUGUAUGUGGUGCACAACUGAUAUGAUGGACGAGUGAAGUGACAGGAAACCGCAGUCUGUGUGGCGAAUGGUAUUUGUGCGUGGGUGUCCUUAGUGGGGAAUGUACUCAGCUGUUAGUGCUGUGGGGGAGAAGCGGUUUGGGAGGUGGGUCAGGGUUGAGGGAAUCUUCUCGCAUGCUAGAAUGAAGACGGCGGAUGUGCGAAGUGGCACUCGUGGGCACAGUCAAAUGAUGAC